AUGGAUCCCGGCUACUUCGAUAUCGAGAGGAAGCAGAACCCGCGGGAGACUGCCAACAUAUUCUCAAAGAUAUGCUUCUGGUACACACGGCCGAUAUUCUUGAAGGGGAGGAAGGGUCAGCUCAGCAUAUCCGACAUGUACAGAUGUACCCCGGGACAUCGAGCAGCGCCACGCGGUGACGUUUUGGGUGAAAAAUGGAGAAAUGAAUUAGGAAAACAGGAGAAAGGUCCAUCGCUCCUGAAAGCCAUAAUUAACGUGUACGGCCUUAAGUUCAUGGUGUUCAAUUUAGUAUUUGCAAUUUUCGACAGUGCCAUUAGAUUAUCAAUACCUAUGUGCCUCGAGGGACUCAUCAAUUAUUUUUCCCCCUCGCACGCCGGUGUGAAGGAUUACGAAGCAUACAUAUAUGCGGUAGGGCUAGUUGGAUUUAUGAUAAUAAGCGCGUCUAUGAUGCAUCCUAUGUUACUGUAUCUCUUGGAUAUGGCCAUGAAAAUAAGAGUGGCGUGUUGUUCUCUUAUAUAUAGAAAGCUCCUACGUCUAGACCUAACAUGCGGCGGUAAAGCGACCGAAGGUCUAGCCGGUCACGUGAUCAACCUCCUGACCACCGACGCUCAGAGGUUCGACAUGGCCAGCCUGUUCAUGGUCGACCUGAUCAGGACUCCGAUAGAGAGCGUGAUCAUCGUCUACCUGAUGUACAGGCAGAUAGGGGUGGCCACCCUCAUCGGGGUUGCUUUUCUCCUGAUGUUUAUACCUUUGCAAGGUUAUCUUGGCAAGGUAUCCUCAAGAUUUCGCCGCCAAACCGCUAUACGGACAGACAACAGAAUAAGACUCAUGAACGAAGUCAUACAAAGCAUAGAGGCUAUCAAAAUGUAUGCUUGGGAGAACGCAUUCGCUGGUAUCAUUGGGGAAGCCAGGAGAAAAGAAAUGAACGUGAUAAAGAAGAUGUCUUGGCUCCGAGCCGUCAUGAUCUCCUGUGUCAAGCUCAACACCAAAGUGGCUAUCUUUCUCAGCAUCAUAUCAUUUUUAUCUUUCGAUAACGACCUGACAGCGGCAAAGGUUUUCGUAAUUUUCUCCUAUUACGACAUCCUCAAGUAUUCCCUGGUUGAUUUUCUCCCCCUCGCCAUAACUUUUACCCUAGAAGCGUAUGUCAGCGUCAAGAGGAUCCAGGAGUUCUUGAUGUUACCGGAAGUCGAUAACCAAGAUGGCAUCGACCUGGUCAAAAUUGAUAAAGAACCUUUAAGUAAUGGUGUUUUCGAGAAGAUUGGCAAUGGUCAACAAGCGUAUAUAAAGUCGGAAUCGAAUCUAGAGCAGACAAAACCAGCCGUUCUAGUCAGCUUAAAGAAUUUCACAGCGCAUUGGAAGAACAUAGAAAAAGUCGGGGACAUGGUUUCCGCUUUGACCGACAUUAAUCUAAAUAUAAAACCAGAAACGCUUACAGUGAUAGUGGGGACAGUGGGGUCUGGGAAGAGCACGCUGCUAUCCGCUAUCCUCCGUGAAAUAGUUCCCACCAGUGGGCAUCUAACCAUACGUGGGGUGGUGGCGUAUGCCGCUCAGGAUCCUUGGCUUUUUGAGGCUUCGGUACGUCAAAAUAUACUCUUCGGUCAGGAGUUAGAUUUGAGGCGGUACAAGCAAGUGAUCAAGUGCUGUCAGCUCAAGAGCGAUUUGGACAUAUUGCCUCACGGGGACAAGACUGUUGUCGGGGAGAGGGGAGCGUCGCUGUCUGGUGGUCAGAGGGCCAGGAUAUCUCUGGCCCGCUGCGUUUACCAACAUGCUGAUCUAUAUCUACUGGACGACCCUCUGGCCGCUGUCGAUGCCAAGGUAGCACAAGCGAUCUAUGAGGACUGUAUCCGUGGUUUCCUACGCGACAAAGCGACAGUACUCGUCACUCAUCACGUACAGUUCGCGCAGAGGGCCGACUGCGUCUGUGUUAUGAGGGAAGGGCAGAUUGUAGCUCAAGGAACGUACCACGAGCUAAAGAACGGAGUUCCGGAGUUCGAGAAGCUGAUAGAGAUGAGGGAGAAGGUGGAAGAAGAGAUACAGAAGAAGAAGAUAGAGUAUGAGAUGCAGGAGAAUGCGGAACACCUCCCAAUACUGCGCUCUCAAAGGUCCAUGUCAGAAGUAUCUCAGUUGUCGUUCAAUAUGGAUUUGGACAAUAAUAAGAAUCCCAAAUAUGAAGGUGAGAACCAGAAGAAGGGCUCAGUAGACCUGGGAGUGUACCUGGCGUAUAUAAAGAGCGGCCACGGCUCCCUGACGCUCGUCUUGCUGUGUGCUCUGUUCGUACUGGCCCAGCUGUUCUACUCCUCCACCGACGUCUGGCUCAAGGAGUGGGUUAACAUGGAAGAAUCAAACAGUGCUUACAACAUCGCGCAACGCAACUCAUCAUCGAACGACACGAAGCCAAUAAAAUUCGAAGACCUGCCAUCGAACACAUUCCACCUGACCCGCGCCCAGUGCGUCUACAUCUACGCGGCGCUGAUCGGCGUCUGCAUGUUCUUCACCUGGAACAAGCUGCUCGUCUUCUAUAACACCUGCAUCAGAUCCUCCGUAGUUCUCCAUGACACUAUGUUCAGGGGUGUGUCGAACGCGCCAAUGUGGUUCUUCCACCACAACCCAUCAGGUCGGAUCCUCAACCGUUUCUCAAAGGACAUGGGGCAGGUGGACACGCUGCUUCCCGUGGCUCUGGUUGAUUGCCUUGGGUUUUUCCUAGAAGUAAUCGCGAUCCUAGUAGUCGUGUGCCUGGUGAACUGGUGGCUACUUCUACCUACCGCUGUGGUGGCGCUGCUCUUACAUCUCCUGAGGAUACUCUUCUUGAACACCAGCAGAGAACUGAAGAGGAUCGAGGCGAUUGCUCGAAGCCAGAGCCUGAACCAUGCAGCGGCCACGGUGACCGGGCUGACCACCAUCCGCUCCACCAGGGAACAACAACGGACCCUGGCCCGCGAGUUCGAUAAGCUCCAGGACCUCCACAGCUCCUCCUGGACCCUGGUCCUCAAUACCAAUAGGGCAUUCGGCUUCUGGAUGGACAUGGUCUGCUGUCUUUACCUCGCCGUCGUCACCUUUAGCUUCUUCCUGUUUGUCGGACAAGACACGAUGGGCGGUAACGUCGGUCUGGCCAUCACGCAAGUUAUAGGUCUGGUGGGCAUGUGUCAGUACGGGAUGAGGCAGACUGCUGAAGUGGAGAACCAGAUGACAUCCGUGGAGAGAAUCUUGGAAUACACAAAUUUACCAGCCGAAAAGCCAGUGGAGCCUGAUAUGAAAGCUUUGAAGAUGGAGCAUCCAAGUUUAGAUUUUGAAACAUGGCCUAACCAAGGAGAAAUAGUCUUCGACAAUGUAUCGUUGGAGUACGAGAGGCCACCAGCUAAGGAACCGCCCCAAGAAGGCAUAAAGCUAGAUGAGCCGGCUUACGCUAUCCGGGGGGUGAGCUUCAAGAUCAACCCCGGGGAGAAGGUGGCCGUGGUGGGGAGGACAGGGGCUGGUAAAAGCUCGCUAAUCGCUGCUCUGUUCAGAUUGAGCAAGAUCUCGGGCUCGGUCCGCGUAGACGGCGUCAGUGCGGAGACGGCGGGGCUGAGGCGCUGGCGCUCGCGCCUGUGCGCGCUGCCGCAGCGCCCCGCCCUGUUCGCCGCCUCGCUGCGGGACAACCUCGACCCGCAGCGCGUGUAUAGUGACGCGCAGAUACACGCCGCGCUCGAGGAGGUGGAGCUGCGCGGCUGGGCGGGCGCGCAGGCGGGCGGGCUGGGCGCGCGCCUGGGCGACGGCGGCGGCGCGCUGUCGGCCGGCCAGCGCCAGCUGCUGUGCCUGGCGCGCGCCGUGCUGGCGCGCCGCGCCGUGCUGGUGCUGGACGAGGCCACCGCCAACGUCGACACCGAGACAGACAAACACAUCCAGACGACAAUCAGAACUAAGUUCGCUGACUCCACUGUGCUCACCAUCGCUCACAGACUGAACACCGUCAUGGACUACGACAGAGUCAUCGUUAUGGAUAAGGGUCGCGUGGUGGAGUCGGGCCACCCGUUCGAGCUGCUCACUCAGAGCAGUCAAACGCCACGCCUCGACGCGCCGCCUCGGCGGGCUCUGCUCGCUAAGACGCAGGCACCGCUCGCUAUCCCGGAGAACUUCCGUCAAGAUGACAGCGAGUCGCUAACACUCGUUAAGGACCGAGUAAGGACAUACUCCAACAGGUCAGAGAUGACGGACCAAGAAGGCGGUAUAUUCAAAUCUCUCGUCGAGCAAACCGGACAGGAAACGGCCGCCAUGUUGUACAAGAUGGCGGAAGAGAGUUAUAACAAGAUGCUUCAGAAGAAACAGGCGUAAAUACUAGAAAACUGUAUCAAAA